CUUGAAUCUCUUUUCAUACCUCAGAAAACUUUUCUGACAAAAAAAAAAAAUGGCGUUCGUGAGAAGUCUAUUGGGUGCAAAAAAGAUUCUAAGCCGCUCUACCUCAGCAGCACCAAAAGGGUUUCUUGCGGUGUACGUAGGAGAGAGCCAGAAGAAGAGAUUUGUGGUGCCAAUCUCAUACUUGAACCAGCCUUCUUUUCAAGCUCUUCUCAGUAAAUCUGAAGAAGAAUUUGGAUAUGAUCAUCCGAUGGGUGGCUUAACGAUUCCUUGUCCUGAAGAUACCUUCGUCACCGUAACAUCCCUGCUCCAAUGAUGAUGUUUAAAAGAAGAAAAAGCUGACAUUAAUUAGUUAGAGAUAGAUGUAUAAAAAUAUUCAAUGUAAAUAGACCAGCUUAUUCCCUCUUUUAUUUGUGACAAAAAAGA